CUCUUAGGCGGCCAAGGGCUGCAGACGCUCGACCCCCGCGGUCGGGCCGGGGCGGGCAUGGCACCGGGCUUGUGAGCCGAGGAGGGGAGCCAGGAUGCCCGGGGGCGCCGGCGCCGCCCGGCUGUGCUUGCUGGCGCUCGCCCUGCAGCCCCUGCGGCCGCUGGCGGUGCAGGAGCCGGGCUGGACGCAAAGAGGAAGUGAGGAAGGCAGUCCCCAGCCACAGCAUGAACUCAUAAUACCUCAGUGGAAGACUGCAGAAAGCCCUGUGAGUGAAAAGCAUCCCAGCAAGGCUGAGCUCCGGGUAACAGCUGAGGGGCAAGAACUGAUCCUGGACCUGGAGAAAAACCAGCACCUCUUUGCUCCGGACUAUACGGAAACCCACUAUACUCCAAGUGGCAACCCUGAGACCACCACUCUGAAAUCCGAGGAUCACUGCUUCUAUCAUGGGGUGGUGAGGAAGACAGAAGGAUCCAGCGUCACACUCAGCACCUGCUGGGGCCUUAGAGGACUGAUUACAGUGAGCAGCAACCUCAGCUACAUCAUCGAGCCCCUCCCUGACCAUGAGAGCCAGCACCGUAUCUACAGAUCUGAGCAUCUCAAGCUGCCCCCCAGGAGCUGUGGGACCCGGCACCCGGCGCCCGGCACCAGGGGCUGGGCGCUUCCGUUUACACAGCUGACCAAGAGCCGACCUCGCAGGAUGAAAAGGGAAGAUUUGUACUCCAUGAAGUAUGUGGAGCUUUACCUCGUGGCAGAUUAUGCAGAGUUUCAGAAGAAUCGACGGGAUGUGCUUGCCACCAAAUACAAGCUCAUGGAAAUUGCCAACUAUGUUGAUAAGUUUUACCGAUCUUUGAAUAUUCGGAUUGCUCUCGUGGGCUUGGAAGUGUGGAAUAAUGGGGACAAGUGUGAGGUUUCAGAGAAUCCGUACUCCACACUUUUGUCAUUUCUCAGUUGGAGGCGCAAGCUGCUCAUCCAGAAGAGCCACGACAAUGCUCAGCUAAUCACGGGCGUCCCUUUCCAUGGCACCACCAUCGGCCUGGCCUUCCUCAGGACCAUGUGCUCCAUGCACCAUUCCGGAGGGGUCAGCACGGACCACUCUGAGAAUGCCAUCGGCGUGGCUUCAACCAUAGCCCACGAAAUGGGCCACAACUUUGGCAUGACCCACGAUGCCACAGGCUGCUGCUCUGCCAGCCCUGCGGAUGGUGGCUGCAUCAUGGCAGCUGCCACUGGCGACCCCUUCCCCAGGGUGUUCAGUGGCUGCAACAAGAAGGAGCUCGAUCGGUACCUGCAGUCAGGAGGUGGAAUGUGUCUGUCCAACAUGCCGGACACCAGGAUGCUUUACGGAGGCCGGUGGUGUGGGAACGGAUUCCUGGAAGAUGGGGAGGAGUGUGACUGUGGGGAGAAAGAGGAAUGCAACAACCCCUGCUGUAAUGCCUCCAACUGCACCCUGAAGGAAGGGGCAGAGUGUGCCCACGGUGCCUGCUGCCAUGCGUGCAAGCUGGUGGCGCCUGGCACCCUGUGCCGUGACCAGGCCCAGCAGUGUGACCUUCCAGAGUACUGCACGGGCAAGUCUCCCCUCUGUCCCACCAACUUCUACCAGAUGGAUGGCACCCUCUGCGAGGGCGGGCAGGCCUACUGCUACAGCGGCAUGUGCCUUACCUACCGGGACCAGUGCCGGCAGCUCUGGGGCCCUGGAGCCCGGCCUGCCCCAGAUCUCUGCUUUGAGAAGGUGAACGUAGCAGGAGACGAGUUUGGAAACUGUGGGAAAGACGUGCAUGGGCAGAACAAGAAGUGCAACAUGAGGGAUGCCAAGUGUGGGAAGAUCCAGUGUCAGAGCUCUCGAGAGCUGCCCCUGGAGUCCAACGCAGUAGCCAUUGAGACCACCAUCGUCAUGAAUGGGAAGAAGAUCCAAUGUCGGGGCACCCAUGUCUACCGAGGUCCUGAAGAGGGUGACAUGCUGGACCCAGGACUGGUGAUGACUGGGACAAAGUGUGGCUUUAACCACGUCUGCUUCGAGGGACAGUGCAGGAACACCUCCAUCUUUGAGACUGCAGGCUGUGAGAAGAAGUGCAAUGGUCACGGGGUCUGCAACAACAACCAAAACUGCCACUGCUUCCCAGGCUGGGCCCCGCCCUCCUGCGACACGCCUGGCCAUGGGGGCAGCAUAGACAGUGGGCCCCUGCCCCCCAACAGUGUUGGUCCUGUGAUCGCUGGCGUGUUCAGUGCCAUCUUCCUGCUGGUCGUCCUGGUGCUGAUCUGCUACUGCAGACAGAACAGAAAGCUGGCGCAGCUCAAGCCCUCCGUGCUGCCAUCCAAGCUGAUGCAGCAGUUCAGCUGUCCCUUCAGGGUGUCUCCAGGUGGUGGAACUGGCCACGCCAACCCAACGUUCAAGCUGCAGACGCCGCAAGGCAAGCGAAAGGUGACCAGCACCCCGGAAGUGCUGAGGAAGCCCUCCCAGCCUCCACCUCCACCCCCUCCAGACUUUCUGCAAAGUGGGGCUUUGCCUACACCACGGUUAGCCCUUCUAAGCAGGACUGAUGGCGGUCCCUCAAGGUCCACAGCUCAAGUAGAGAGAAAGGAAUCAUCCAGGAAACCCCCGCCAAGCAGGCCUGUGCCCCCAGCUCCAAACUACAUCCUCUCACAGGACUUCUCCAGGCCUCGGCCACCGCAGAAGGCACUACCAGCGAACCCUGUGCCCGGCCGGAGGAUCCUCCCCAGGCCGGAUGCGCUGCAGACCCAGCCUCUGGUCGCACCUGCCCGGAAGUUUCCUAACUACAGGUCGCAGAGGACUGGGAUGAUGACUAGCUCCAGAAUCUAGACCCAUCUGGAGCUUUCUCACGCCUCGACGACUCUGGAUGCCCCAAGGAUUUGUGAUCACCAUGGGAACCAGAAGAAGCACCUCCGGCUGCCUCUGAGCUUCUCCUGGCCUUUUCCUGGAAACACCAAAUCCCCACCAUUCCCUUCUUGAUUCAGUGCCUCUGCACGCUCCUCGGAGGCCCAGAGGGACAGUUACCUGAUGGCUCUGAAGUGUUGGUCUGUGCAAUAUACAGCCCGGCAGGGAGGGAGCACACAGAAGGGGCCAAGCGGCAGCUGCUCCACCCACCCUCCCUGCCUAAGGUAUGAUGAGAUGGCCAAGACCAUCACAGCUGGAAAACCAAUGGGAGAAGCCCUGCGCAAGCCCUCAGCCAGGGCCAAGCUUGGAGAAGCUGUCCGUGCAGGCCCUGUGGUGCAGGCACACAGGGGAGAUCCUGUUGCUUCUGUCUCCCUCUGAGGCCCCUGCUGGACUGAAGCCGGGCCUUACCUUGCCCUUUUAGCUUUUAGGGAUUAAGGAAGGGUCAAGCUGGCCAUCGUGGUGGCCCUACCCAGGGUUUGGCUGGCGUGGCUGCUCCAGACUCUAAGGCUGCAUGUGCCAACCCAAGCCCCAUCCCGCACCCCCUAGGACCCAACAGCCCCCAUUCAUGGGUCACUCUGACUCAGACAGGUACUAUCUGUAGGCAGCGUAGACAGCAGGGGAGCACCAAGCCCGGACCUCCUCUGAGCCAUCACGCCAAAGGUAAAGACUCUCGGUGAUUCUUGGUUUGCUCUUUGUGUUCUCGUCCUUCUUCCCCAGAGAUUCCAUUCCGCCCCACCCCCCAAGCCCACAGUAAUGCAUUGGUGCUUUGGUGAGUGGCCCCUCAACCGUCCUGCCUUUUUAGGGACCAGGUGCUUGUGACCUGCGAGUCAGGGUCCCACUUCAUGGAGUGACAAUUCAAUUUGCUCCUCUGGAUCCCAAGAAUGUUGAGCAGAGUGGACUUAGAGCAUGGCUGUGGGAGUUGAAUCUUUGUGCUUGUUGUGUUCUGUGACCUCAGCAGGGUGAGAGCCUUCCUCCUUCUCCCUGACCCGCAUCUCAGUGAGCUCCUCCAGGAUUGGCAGCCCAGGCAAUAAAGGGAACAGACAUCCUUGGGAGCCCAGCUGUUUAAGAAAGUACACACCAGGGAGCCUGCUUGUUCCUCAUGGCUUGCCCACUAUUCAGAGUAGGACUGUUGUCCUCUGAGGAGAGAGGAGAGGUGUUUCUAACCAAGGAGCCAUCAGAGACCUCUGUAGGUGGCAGCCAUUAGAGCUAUGGUGGCAUAGCCUGGGCCAGGGACCCAGCCAUUUGUUCCUAACAAGGUUACUGUUAUCUGUGUCCUUUUGCUCCAGAGGGUCCUGUCCUUCCUGGAGCCCCGAGGGAGGGUAUGUGGUAUGCUGCUGGGUAGGAUGAGUUUUACAAGGUAGCUGAGGAUGAUCUUAGACCAGCCCUACCCCAGAGGUGCUGGGUGGCUCUGCUCGAGUGGGCUGACCUAACACUCCUUUGCAGCUCUUCCAGGGCCCUUCCCACCCCUCACAGGAGCAGUUGUUUGCUCUUGAGAACCUCAAUACGGAAGAAGGCUGAGCUUCUGACCCCCAACCCCAGGGCCUCCUUAUGUGUAGCUCUCUGCGCGUCCCACAUGCUGAGCUGAGGUUCUUGGGUUUGUAGACCAUGGGAUUUAUGGGACAUGUGUCUGAGGGAAAAUGUGGGGUGGGUUUAGAAAGAUCUCAGGAAAAUGGGUUUCUUCUCUCAGGGUGGUAGCGAUGUUGGGGUCCUGCCUCCCUGGCACAGACCCCCGUGACCCCACGCAAUCCCCUCCUUCUCGCUGCCAGGAGAUAACCUUUCCUUUAAGUCUAUAGCAAAUGCUCUGUGCCUCCAUGGUGGGUCCCAGAAGGGAUGUCCUCUGCCUCCCCUUCCCUUCAAACAAGGAAACUGUCCCUGAUCCCAGCCCUGUCCCUCCUAGCAGUCCCUGUGGCCAGUGCAGCUUCCCUCCCUCACAUCAGGAGCAGUGGCUCGGAUGGGAAAGUACCCAGCUGUGGCGACUGCAUGAGCCUUUUAAGCCUGAAAUCCACUGUCCCCAGAACUGUAAGAGGAAGUGUCCUGCUUGCUGUUCUCUUGCUUUUUAUUUCUUCGUUAUUUGAAUGCCACCUCCACCCCACGAAGUCAUACUGUGAACUGGAAGAUGGUAGAAUUCUUUGCUUGUGACGGCAGCCAGCCCUAGUUACCAUUUUACAGCUGGCUCUGCUGGGGGAGCUGGACGCUGUUCUUCUGCAGGCCAGGGAGGCCGCCAGGGAGGAAGUGAGGCCAUUCUGCAUCCCUCUUCUCCUUCUCUGCCAGUGGGCUGCUGUAAGAUGUCAAAUGCAGACACAAAGUAUGGUGACGUCAAGGGACAGGGACUUUAUUCCAGGGACUAUUGCAAGAAGGGGAACAAGAAUUCGUAAGGGAAAGGGGUGCAAGUGCGACAAGGAAGCCAUGUAGACCCCUCUCUGACCCUGCAUGCAUCCUGGAGACCAGGGAGAGAAGGCCUUUUCUUUUAUUGGAAGGAAUUCAUGCGGUUUCCAAGCUGGAGCUGUGUGCCCAGCCUUUCUGUGCAGGGAAAGGGGCUCUGUGUGAAAAGACGCUUUUGGCUCAGGCUGACCACAGCUCCUGUCUGCCUUCCAGUGGGAAGGAGGGAAGCUCGACUGAGGUCUGAUCUGUUGAGUUAUCUCAAGGAGAAGGAUGUAAAUCUUUUUAGACACCAAUUGGGUCUUCCUGCCAGGUUUACAACACUGGAAUGUUUUUUAGGGGCCUAAAGCCAUCUCUGAAAUGUAAACCUCAGGGAGAGAGAGCCCUGCCUGCCUCUGUGGGAGGUUUACCCCGGGCCCCUGGCUCUGUGCUGUAGCUGCUGGCUCGCCCCAGAUGCCUCUCAGCCUCGUUGACUUUUAUGGUGAAGGCGGUGCUCUCCAGAGUUUAUGGUCUUGAUAUUUUCUGCAUUACAACAGUCCCUCUCAGCGCAGUAUCCCCUGACUGCUUGCAGUACUCCUUUCUUAUACAGUCUCCCCUUCGGUCCAACCUAAUGUGUUCUUAUGUGACAGAAGAUGUGGAAGACUUCUAAGAACUGAGAACCAGUUCUAAAAUCAGUAAUUGUGUUCAACGCAUGCGUAACACCUCUGCUGUACACCUGAGCAGGCCAGAGCACGGCCGACUGGAAAGGUGUCCCGUCCCUAGAGAAGCUCACUAGGAGAGGCUCUGCAGACUCAGCGCCCUGCCCCCAGUCACCCCUAGCAUCUUCUUGUGCCCCCUACUUUGUGUACGCAUCUGAGAUUCAGGGCAAUGUGAAUUUUCUUUUUAUUUGAGAGAUCAUUUAUGGAUUGCCGAUCCUCUUCUCUCCUGCCCAUCUAUUGUUUACAAAUAUUUGUACAUCUAUGCAAAAUACUUGAAUGGGCCAUGGUGCCUUUUUUUUUCUUUGUUUGUAUUUAAUUAAAAUUAAUUGUUUGUUAUUUGAAAUGUUACUCCGUUUGGCAACUUCUUUCUGUGUGCUUGUUUUCCUAUCCCACUGUUUGAGCCAGAUAUGAUCCGAGACGUAAAAUAACGAAGUUCUCAAAGGACCAGCCUUGGUGUGGAGCCACCAGGAAGCUCCAUUUUCCUGUGGCCAGUAGAGGGGGCUGCUUGUUCUGCUGUCCAGACAGAUGCUGGUCUAGUGUAAUUGGGUCUUCUAUCAUUAGAGGCCUGAAUGGUACUAAGAUUUUCUCAUCUGUCUUUUCUCCUGCCCCACUACUGUAUCUAGAAGACAGCACCAACCCUCUGCUUGCUCAUCUUCCUGCUAAUGAUGAUUCAGGGGAGAGAGUCGCUCAAGCCCUCUGGGGCUCGCUGGGCAGGUGUAGCUAAGUGCAGACUACACACACACUCUGACUGGUUCCAGAGACCUGUAUGGCAGCGAAUGAAGCUUAUGCCAGAUCUACCUUGAUUCUCACUGAAUCCCUGCCUCAUUCUGAGGUCCUUUAAGAGAGGGGUACCUGGAGCCAUGAGCAGAAGCACCUCUUCCUGAGCACUACACAUGUGAGAUGUUGCCGCUUUUCUUGAUGUGGAUGCUAUCAUUUCAUUGUCACAGAAGUCCCGGCACGGAGUCCUUGACACCUAAUGGUACUUUUCUAGACUCUCAUGGUACUAAAUUUGCAUGAGGACACUCACUGAAACACAAAUGCUUUCAGCACUGAUGUGCCCACCUAGGAAAUCAGCUCCCACCGAGACCCCUCUGCCCAGCAGCCCCUGUGUCCGCACUGGUAGUACCUCUGCCACUUAUGACAUGCAUGAGCAUAGAUAGUCUAGAAUUCCGGGUCUCUUCUCCAGGGAGGUGCUGUUGCUAGAGGUAAGUCAACAGGUGGGGAUAUGGGACCACCACAGAGGGUGUACCCCAAGGGGGCUGAGAGGCCCAGCCUCAUUUUCUCUCUCCCUUCCUGGGAAGGAGGUGACUCAUUUUUCUUUGUCUGGUGUUCGCUCCCUGUAGGCACAUAGUAUUAGGGCCAGCUGAUCAUAAACUGGAAUCUCCAACACUAUAAGCCAAAAUAAGUCCUCUCUAUUUAUACUCAGAUUGUCCCAGUAUUUGUUAUGGUGAUAGAACGCUAACAUAAAUACCUUCUCAAAAGGCCAUAAUCAUCAAACACUUACUCAACAGCACUGAACUCAGAGACUGCAGCAAGUUUUCAAAUGCACUGUUUAACAAGCCAGGGUUAAGCUAGGAUGUGCCUUGGGUUAAAGGCUGGUCCCCAGCAGAGUGUGGUGGAACAGGCCUGCAAUACCAGCCCCCCAGGAGGCCAGGAGGAUAGCCAGGUUGAGCUCGAACUGUGCAACAUAGUGACUCAGUAAGACCCUGU